CGCUCUAGCUGCCGGGAAGAAUCUUUAUGGUGGUCACAAGGGGCCGCUCCGUCCUUGUCUCUCUGAUUGGCGGGGGAUUCAGGCUGAUUAUCGACUCCCGAGCCGAAGGGGAAAUAACGGGAAGAGGAACUUGGUUCGGGCAACGCCUAUGUGCAGUGGUUCCUGCAGUUCUGAGCAAACUCCUCCUCCUCCUCCUGAAUCUCUGAGAGGCAACAGAGGGCUCUUUAUGGUGUGGGAUUUCACAACUGAAAAGUGUCCCUCCCACCUGGAAGCGGAGCUGUCUUAGCUGUGAUAAGAGCAAAAUAGCUUUUACUGCAGGAAGGAGAGCCACGGCAGGAUCAAGUCAUCCCUUGUAAUGUCUGUCUUUCAACUCUUGCUGAGCUAGAAGGACAUGAAUUCGGAAGUUGGAGAUUCGUCAGAAUGCAGCAGCCCAGAACUCUUCCUUUCAGUGUGAUGUCCUUGCUCUCCUUGAAGGGUGCUACAACAGGGAUACAUUGGAGACACUAUCGAGGGGAAAACUUAUAAACGCGACAGGGCCAUGGGCAUGGGCUAUGCCAGCCUUCAUGUCUCCUACAAGCUCAAGCUCUUGAUGCUCUUCACCUUGUGUGUCUUAUUGGUGGGUUGGGCCACCUCAACUUACUUAGUGGAUGCUGUGCAUGAAGCCCCAAAAACAAAAAGCAUAGUGGAGAGCGUCAGGAAACCAACCACUGUUGCAGAGGAACAAAGGGAAAACCCAAAGAGGAAUGCUGUGCCUACUCUGAAGCUGCCUGUUGUGAAGCCUCCAUGCCCCUCGCUGUCUCCCUAUCUGCGAGGCCCCAGCAAGCUUACCUUUAAAGGAUCUCUCACCCUGGAAGAGGUAAAGAAAGAGAAUCCUCAGAUAACGAAGGGACGCUUUCACCCAACAGACUGUUUAACUCAGCAACGUGUGGCAAUAUUGAUUCCCCACCGGAAUCGUGAGAAGCACCUGCUAUACCUGCUUGAACACCUUCACCCCUUCUUGCAGCGGCAGCAACUGGACUAUGGCAUUUAUGUCAUCCACCAGGCUGGUAAUGCCAAGUUUAACAGAGCAAAACUGCUGAAUGUAGGCUACCUGGAAGCCCUGAAGGAAGAGGAUUGGAAUUGUUUCAUAUUCCAUGAUGUGGACCUGGUGCCAGAGAAUGAUUUCAACAUUUACAUGUGUGGCAGUCAGCCAAAGCAUUUGGUAGUGGGCAGAAACAGCACAGGCUACAGGUUGCGUUACCAAGGUUACUUUGGGGGCGUAACAGCUCUAACAAAGGAGCAAUUUGCAAAGGUGAAUGGAUUUUCUAACAACUACUGGGGCUGGGGAGGAGAGGACGAUGACCUCCGGAUCAGGGUUGAAAUACAGAAGAUGAAGAUCAUUAGACCUUCCCCCAGCAUAGCCAAAUACACAAUGAUCUUCCACACAAGAGAUGAAGGAAAUGAGGCAAAUGGACAGAGGAUGAAUCUCCUACGUCAGGUAUCUCGAGUGUGGAAAACAGAUGGCUUAAACUCCUGCUCCUAUAAGUUGCUCUCCGUGGAAUACAACCCUUUGUACACAAAUAUCACAGUGGAUUUUGGCAGGCCAAUGAAGACUUCCUUGCCAGCUCUUUAGUACCUAAUGAAUUGUAUCACAAUGAGGGGGGAAAAGAGAACUUCCAGCGUCAAGAGCUGCAGCAGUUGAAUAUCCAGCCUUCUGUUGAUGGCUUCCUAGCAGCCAAGUACAUGAUGAGAAUGAUAGGGUUGGUGUUUUUUCUUCUCUAGUAGGUUUGCUAGAUAUUUCUUUGUGGACCAGACAGCACCAGUCAUUUGGUGAUUGGGGUUUACUUGAGAGAGGCCUCUUUAAACCAGUCUUUUUUUGGGGGGAAAUCCCCUUUCUGAGAAGGGAUCCAAGUUCCACUGUCCAAAACCUAUCAGUUUUGAUAGCUUGUGUUGAAUCUCCACUCUUCUGAAGUGGAAAGAGGGAUAUAAGGACAAUACUGCCAUACUUUUUCAGAGGUGCAAAAUCAAGGGCUUUUUCAUUCAAUGUGUUUUUAAACAGGACAACCAUAUUUAAAGUAACUGGUUUUUCUCCAGCCAAUCAGCCAAGUGCUUUGGCAACAUCUACUUCUGAUGGAAAGGUGCAUAAUACUGUCUUGUAAGAACAGCCACAGAAAGAGUAAGGAAAAUGCAAACUUUUUCAAUAAAAAUUAACAUUUCACUGAAAA